AUAUCAAUUGAUAUCAACAAAUCCAAAUAAAUAAAAUACAAAUUGACCUAACUCUAGUAACUCUUGUUAGACUAUUUAUUAAUUUAUAUGAUCGGUCGAUAAAACCAUUUCUUUAGUGAUCCGAAUACCAAAUUACAGAAAAAACUUUAUUCAUUGUCUAUUUUAAUGGGCGCCACAGAAGAUGAUCCCUAUGCAAUACCAAGUAAGAGCAAAUUAAAGCUAAAAUGUGACACCUCCAUCAAGAAAAAAAAGAAAAAGAAGGAUAAGAUGCUUGAAAAAGUCAAUAAAACCGUGGAAAGUGAGAGUAAAGAGAAAUCAGAAGAAUCAAAACCGAAACAAACAAAAACUAAAGCCGAAUUAGCAUUUUUACAACAACAGGAAAAGAUGAAAACCAAAAGAAUACUGGAAAAGGCUUCCCAAACUCACAAAGAAAGAGUAGAAAAAUUUAAUCAACAUCUAGAUGGUCUUACAGAACACUUUGAUAUUCCCAAAGUUUCCUGGACAAAAUAGUACCUGAAUAUUCCAGUUUUUGUUUUUUUUUUUCCA